UCAGAGGUGGCGGGGCGGCCGGCCAAUCGGCGUCACAAACGCGGUUUGUCCCCUCCGCCGCGCCGUGUCCCCAGCGGAAGCGGCGUCCUCCCCCCCUGUCGCCGCGCACGUGACCGGGGCGCGGCCAAUCGGGGCGCGGCGCGGCCCGGCCGCCGGCCAAUCGGCGGCGGCGAAGGCAGCGGGCCGGAGCCGAGGCGGAGCGGAGGGGCUGCAGGCGGGCAGGGAGGCCGGCCCGGUGACGGAGGACGAGCCAGGCCCGCCCGGCCGCCCCGCGCUGGCGCCGGGAGACUCGGCCGAGAUGCCGGUGCGGAGCUCCUGCCGCUGCCCCCCGGGGCCGGCCCCGGGAGCCGCCGCCGCCGCCCGCCUGGAGCCGCCGCCGCCCAUCAACACGGCGCAGCCCGGCGUCAGCACCAGCCGCCUCUACAGCGGCGCCAAGUUCCGCGGGCAGCAGCGCUCCAAGGGCAACGCCUACGAGGUGGAGGUGGUGGUGCAGCAUGUUGACAUGGAUAACUCGUAUCUCUGUGGAUACUUAAAGAUAAAAGGCCUUACUGAGGAGUAUCCAACACUUACUACUUUCUUUGAAGGAGAAAUAAUCAGUAAAAAGCAUCCAUUUUUAACCCGGAAAUGGGAUGCAGAUGAAGAUGUGGAUCGUAAACAUUGGGGAAAGUUCCCAGCAUUUUACCAGUUCGCAAAAAUAUUUAACUCUGAUGAUUUUGAUUAUGAGGAUCUGAAGAAUGAUGACUUUGUCUUCAUGAGGUGGAAAGAGCAGUUCCUAGUCCCAGAUCACACCAUUAAAGACAUCAGCGGGGCAUCCUUCGCUGGAUUUUAUUACAUAUGCUUUCAGAAGUCUGCAGCAUGUAUAGAGGGCUAUUACUAUCACAGGAGUUCAGAAUGGUAUCAAUCUCUGAAUCUGACUCACGUCCCUGAGUACAGCGCGCCCAUUUACGAAUUCCGGUGACAGGGAUGCCAAGAGCUUCACUAAGAGAUGGCCAGUGAGGCCGGGGGGUGGGGAGAGAGGAGGCGAGUGCGAGGGCGCAUCUUCUAUUCAGACAACGGGGAUGUCUCGGUCAGGACAGAAGACACCAGGCUCCCCUCUUACGGGCAUCUGGACCGAUCUGAAAGCACGAAGGGGAAUCCACGGGACUGCUGGAGCCUGAGCCUUCUUCCAGCUGCGUGGCCAACCUGAUCCCGGAGCCGGGUCUCAGAGCUACCGUUCAAUGCCCUUUUCUUGCAGAGCUCGCCUCGGGAUCGCUGACAAUCCUUUCCCUCCGCUCCUUUUGGGGGGAGGAAACACCCGCGUCUCCCCAGAUCUCCUUGGAAUAGAAGAGAACAUAAGUUGCUUCCUGCUUAUGUUGCUUCCUCCUUGGCUCCGUGUAGGGGUUCCUCCAGAACAGGUGGGGGGGUUUCCUGUCUGGUCUAAGUGCUACUUGAGGUUGGUGUGUCUGGCCCACAACUGCAGUGUUUGCUAAGGAUGCAGUUGGCCGAAGGAAGGAGGGCCUGGCUGUGGGUGGGAUGAAUAAUCCGCUCCUGUUGGUUUACAAGGCUCAACUUUCUCAGGAAUGUUAGUCAGCCCCAGCAGCGUGAGCUUAAAGCAACCUGCAGUGGCGGGAAAGCUAAUUAUGCUGGUGCAGAAUUCGCAACAUUAAAUGGAAAAUGUUUAAGGACUUCUUGAAAGAGAGGUGUUUUUAUGGCCCCCUUUCUCACCACUGGCUCAAAGACUUGUGUGGUAACGUACACAAAUUAUUCUUCACGAUAUUUUACAGUGGCUGCUUUUUUUAUUAUUAUUUUUUCCUCUCCUCACGGUGAAAAUGAGAGCAAGCUCACCAGAUCGCAUCCUCGUGGAUGGUGGUGAGCUCUCUCUCUCUCUCUCUAAUUAUCUCGCCGUGUUGCCACCUACUCAUCACGAAGGAAGCACUUGGCAGCGGUAUGCAAUUUACACUUCUGACGUGCGCGCCGGGUUUCCACUGCAGAAAACGAUGGAUGCUUACUAGGACUUUUAUCAGACCAAAAAAAUUAAAACAUCCUCGUCCCCUCCCCGAAUAAACUGGUCUCCCAAGA